UUGCCGUGAAAGUCGCGACGUCGAGAGGCACACUGAAAACUCGAACUUAGUUUACGUCUGCAGUUUUCAACAAGCAAACCAUUUGUGCCCGAUGAAUACUUGAUAUCCAAAGAUACAUAUUCAGGCAUCAAUAUGAGCGCAUCCGACAUGAAAAGAAGUAAAAGAAGGAGGAAUAAACGGGGUGGUGGCGGUGGGAAUGCCAAACCCAGUCGUCAACAAAAGCAGGCAGGAAUUGGUGACCAGAUAAUUACAGCUGCAAAAACGUCUGCUACACUGUCUGAGCUGAAUCUGGACAGCAUUCCUCAGCCCUUAACCCAGCUCCCAAUGCGUGCCAUCAACCCAUACCUGCAAGAUCAUGACUACUCUCAGGACAGAGAACAUUGCCUUCUCUGUAGGCGGGAGAGACCCGACGUCCCCGCCCACAAAGUACCCCCACUGACAGGUGAUGGCAAAGACACCAACCAGCCUAAUGUUACACAGGUUCCGUUAUGGUUGUGCCCUGAUUGUAGACGGACUGUCGAGGAAGAAGAAAGGAAUGCAACACGGAACUCACAGCCCCCUCCAUUGCCUCAAGAUUUCCUGCUGCAACCUUCAUUCUCCCCGCGCCUCAAACUCGACGGCACUCUAGACUUACCUGCCAGCCUGCUAGGAACUACUGCAGCGAAAGGCAGUGAAGCAACCUGCAGCUGUGAGCGAUGUCGUGAGCGACGAGAGAUCGCUGCUGAGCAGGAGAUGGUACGACAACAGUUGGCUGAGAGUUGGAGUGAGUUGAGUCAUGUCGUGCGAUGUGUGUACUGGGAAGCAGGCACAGCAUUAGCAGAAGAUGAAGACAGUUCCAAACUGAACCUUCCUCACAUGAAGGAGCUCUUACAUCGUCUCUGUACCCACAAUCCUCACCAGCUCUUCCUUCAACUAGAGCUAGAAGUGGAUGAUUUCUUGAAGGAGAUCAGUGGACGUCUUAGUCGUCAGCUAGCUGCUGGUUAUAAGUCUCUCGCACAGGUUAAGCAGUUCGUCAGUAUGUUGCUUGAGGAGUAUGAUGCAUUAUGUUCGGCAGCUAAGACACUAUCAGGUGUACUGGAACAACUGGAAAAAGAACAUCUGAGCAAGUUUCAGUUGACGUGGUUGAGGCACAACAUGCACAUGUUUCAUUCCACGGUCUACGUCCCGUUGGGUCUGAGGGAAAAAUCCAGCCACUUAAUGAAUGAACUGAGUCAGGGAACGGGAACUAAAGAAGCCAACUUACUGCGAAGGUACAUGAAGUUUGACGAGGAUAUGACAGUGAUAUUUGUGGAAUGGAACGCCUGCCAGCAGCUCAUUGAAAAAUAUCACGAGGAGAUGUCGCAGGAUUGUCUAAAGACCAAACAGCAAAUGUUAAGUGGCGACUGGGAGUUUCUGAAAACUCAGAAGAUCUUCACGGAUCACUUUGGACUCAAAACUCACAGCGGUAAUACGGGCAAAGACAAGACCAACUCCGUUAAGUGUCAUGCUGCAAGGGGUGUGCUAGGCUUACUGAAUGAAAAUGAAGCUGAACAUAAGGGAUCUACUUGCAAGAAAAAGUGUCCAUGUGAUGAGUGCAGUAUUGCCAGACUGACGUCUAGUCUCCUGACUCCUAACUUCUGUGAAGAGAUUAGUCUGAAACACCUGCAAGAAGGUGCAAACCCAGAUCAAUUAUCAGCUCUGGAUAAAUACCUGCAGAACAUCAAUCCUCCAGAUUUAUCGUCAACCUCUUCCUCCUCAUCGGAAGGUUCCUCUGAAGAAGAUAGUGAUGGUGUGUUACAGAUCUUCUCAAGGGGUGAUCUUACACAUUCAGGGUUCAGUUCACCAAGGAGUGAAGAGUCAGACGAUUCAGAUGACCUCGACUCCAACACAUCCCCCUCACCUACCCAUAAUGCAGCAGAGGAAGAAAGUGGGAAGAGGAGGGUGAACGGAGAUGGUAGCAGCUCAGACAAAGAAAAGUCCACAAGAGACGGCAGUCUGAAGGAUUCCACUUCAAACGGUCGAUCUUCUACUUGUCGAGCCUGCACAGCCAGUCACAUGCUUUCCUCUUCCGCAUUUGGCACAGUUAACAUCACCGACAAGGUAGAUCUGAGUGCACAACCCCAGUCCUAUCUCUUCUAUCCAAACCUGGCCAACCAUCAACCGUUGGAUCUCAGUCAUCACGGCAUCACUGCUAAACAUCCAUUCAUCCAUCCUCAUCUAUACAACCCGUUAACCGCUCAGAAAACGACCAAAAUGGCGACGUGUCAGCAGUUACCAACGCAGCAGCAGCAGCAGCAGCAGACACCGUUCCAGCUGAAUGUCGACACCCAGGAAGCUCUUCGGGAUCAUCACGGGCACACCUAUGGUGACUGGAAGAGCGGUCCUUUUGAGAGUGCCAAGAUGACGCUUAGCUCACGAGGUUACAGCAGCGGGCACAGCACUGAUCCAGACUUGCUGCAGAGUGUCCGCGCAGCGCUACAUCAAUCCAACUGUAAAACAGCGACAGAGAGAGCGCCUUCACUCAACACACCAGCGUCUGAUCAACCUUGCAAGCAGCAUGCGGGAAAGAUGCAGACAGACGCAACUAGCAACAAGAAGAGGGCAAACCAUGUGUGUACAGAGGCGACCACCAACGGCACGGUAACCGCAACAGCAGCAACAACAACAAAAGAGCAUUCAGUGCAGCAUCAUCACCAUCACCAUAGCAACCAGUCAUCUACGGAGAGUUCCAAGAAGACACGGUCAGACAGUGGGUCCGAUCGAUGUGCGAGGCACACCCUUCCAGCCGCCAAACCUCCAACGACAACAAGUGCAGUCAUGCAAGCGUACCAACAACAGUGUAGUCAGUUAGGCCAUACAGGUGUACUGACUAACGGUCUGCAUGGGGGAGGAGGUGAUGCUCCACCUCAAGGGAGUAAGAAGAAGAAAGCUGAUGAUGAUGUCAUCCUAGUCGAUGCCAGCUUAGCGAAUGGUGAGUUGUUAUAUUGUGGUGAUGAUCGUUCCCUUCAAUCCUGUCUUUACCAUGGUCAUCCAGCCACAGCAGGGGUCAUUGACCCUCAGACUGGCUUGUGUACUAGCGCAAUGCAGACAGCAACAAGCACUCCAACAUCAGCUAGUGUUUGCAGUGACCCUGAUUGCGAGACGCACAACUGCAUCAUGGACGAAGACAUGUAUGGCAAUUGCUAUGACGACCGAGGAAGCAGCAAUGGAAACAGGGAGCGAGAGUCCAAGCAUUGUGACUGUUACUACUGUGAAUUCUUUGGCCAUGGAGGGCCUCAGCCUGCACCAACCAGUCGCAACUACACAGAGAAUCGUGAUCGGCUAAGACUCAAGUUAAGAGAUAGGCAGAAAAGGCAAUCCAAAGACCAGUCUCCAUCCUCUGCUGAUCACAAUCACGAGUUUGACCAGUUUGAUCAUCUGGACCUCUCAGAUGAUCGAACCCUGGAUGACUUACUGUCAUUUAUCAACGGUGAACAGCAACGACAGAAGAGCAAUGCCAAGACAAAAGCUGCCAAGAGAAAUCGACAGAAGCAGAGAAAGGCCGAAGAGAAAGCUAAGCAAGAGGAAGAGCAAGAAGCAAUGAGACAGGAAGAACUGCGACGACUGAUGGAAGAAGAACAACGUAAACAUGAGGCUGCAGCAGCAGCAGCUGCAGCUGAAGAGGCUGCAAGACAAGAACAACAGCGACAACAACAGGAACGGGAGAAGGCAGAGAGACAACUGCAACAAAAACAGCAACAACAGAAGACCGGUAAACCUGAAGCGCCAACGUUGAAGAAUAAGAAGAAAGGCAGCAAAGAAAAUCAGCAGCAACAGGGUUCUAAGCAGCAGCAGCAACAGCAGCAGAAACACAACCAAAGCAACGGUCAAUCUGCAACAUCUAACCAACAGAAGCAGUCAACCAAUCGUCAGUCACCAACCAAGCAGGUCACUCAACCGCAGCAAGCGACCAAGCAGCAGCAGCCAGCACCUGCAGAAACACCAAACAGCAACAGCAAAAGCUCUACCAACAAAGACAAGACCAAGCAGCAACCGCAGCAGGCAUCAAAGCAAGACAGCAGCACGGCGUCCAGCAACCAACAGGAGAAGAAUCAGAAAAAUCAGCAGCAUCCAACUAAACCAAAGCAAGCAGCAGAACAAGACAGCAACCACACCAACAACCACAAGCAACAGAACGGCAAACUCAACCCCAAGAAAGUUGCCGAGAAUGGCAACGACAACAACCAUCAACUGAAGAAAGCACCUCAAGCUCCUGCUGCUAACAUCAACAAGACAGGAAGCAACAAAAAACAACCACAAGCACAAGAAAACCAUAACAAGCAAAAGGAUACCAUCAAGCAGAAGGAAGAUACUAAAGAGAAGAAUCACAUAACCUCAAAGACACAGCCAUCUCAUCCAUCUGCCAAGAAAGCGGAGAAUCAGAUCUUAGUCACCAAACAAGAGAAGAUCGCAGUCAAUGGUGUGGCUAACGAGCCACAAACCAACGGCAAUAUCAAGAAGAAAAAGAAGAAGAGGAACUCCUCUGAGAAUCCAAAUGCUUCCAUUGAUGAGAUCUUCAUGCCCAAGGAGAAUGCUGACAUGGCAGACAUGGAUGAGACAGAGAGAGAAAUUGAGGACUUCAAGAGAUUCUGUAUGGCGUUAACUCCAGCCCCCAAGAAAGAGAAGGUUGUCUUCAGUAUGAAAGAACUCACUCUCAAGAAAGGAACGGUGCCAGCACACUGACCAUAAAAUACAAUCAUUCAAAUCAAAACACCGUCACACAUAGUUGUCCCCUCGGUUCAAACAUCUUUUUCUUUUGUAAGUGGAAUUGUAAGCGUGUUUUUGCCCUGUCUUCAAGGUUUAUUGAAAUUUGACAUCGAACAAUUUAUAAAAUUGAAACUUUUCAUUGUUAGAGUGUAAGCAAUCUACUUGUAAAAGAAACAAGCAAAUAUAUGUAUCAUUCUAGAAACAUGAAUGCUUUGCUAAAAGCUCAAUCUUUUCUUUCAAUUUGGACUUUCUAAUAAACCAGAAUAUCUCAAAGAAUUUCCUUUGUCAGUUAAGCGAGAGGUUUUGAUACUUUUACUUUUGUCUAGAAUUGACAUGUGGAUGUUAUGAGCUGGAAGUUGUGACGACUGCUUUACUGGCUUUGAAAAAUUGACAAAAAUACUAAGAUCCAGCACUGAAAACUGUCCCCAAAAAUAAUGAUGAAAUUGAAACAUGUAAUCGUUUCCCUUAUUGUGGUAUUGAGGUUUCGUGCUGCUGAAUGUUUUAACAGAUAUGUAAACGUUUCAUUGAUGAGCUGUUUUGUCCAUUUGAAUUUCUGACAUCCUUUCAUUGUUUGGAUAAGAUUGACCUUUUGAGAAAUAGGCGUAGUGUGUGACUACUAGUAAUAAUAACUGAGUACUCCAAGAUGGCGUUUGUACAGUGGAUGUUGUAAGUUUACAGGUGUAAUAGAUUCUUGAAAUAUUUGAGGGAAUUUUAACCAACUUUUCACCUGUUGUUUGACCUUUUUUAACCAAGUUAUUGUAAUGGUUGUAUUGAGAUGUGCUGAUGGAAUGUUUGAAUGAAUUUGCAUUUGAAAUUAAUAGAAUUAUUGAGUAUACUGCAAAGGAAAAAAAUGAUGUUAUAUCUGGAAUAUUUAAUCCACUUAACCUUUUUUUCACAAAUAUGAAUAUUGCCAAAUGUUGCAUAUUUGUUGUCGGCAUCCUUUAUUCGUAAUGUUCUCUCCACUUUCUCCUGCCCUUAAGUUUCGCGAACACAUUUACAUUUUUAUUUGUCACUUACGUUAAAAGUAGCCAGGUAUGUAGUAUUAGGAUUUUUUAAAAGAAUAUAUCCAAUGAAUAGUCAGGAGACAGUCAUAUUUAUUAGUGAGCUGUCAUUGGUCAGUGUGCUAGCACCAGAGCUCAUCAAGUCAGGGAACCAGAUGAGGUCAAUUCUAAACCAUCGAUGUCCUGCCACAAGCAACAAGACGUUGAAGUGGGAUGGUAAGGUAACACAGUAGUGGAACCUCUUCAUUAUUGUCCAACAAACUGGAUCAAACUGGUUCACACCAGUUCAAACCAGUCAUAUAAUCUGGCUGAAAUUGCUAGUCUGCCAUUUCAUGGAAUGAAAUCUUUGAGGCAAAUAGAAAAAGAAAUGUAUAAAUGUUACUCUUGUGCCUUUUUAACCAAAACUUGUGCACAUUGUGGCUUGUACACAAAAAAGCUGUCUUGAAAAAUGUUAAUGUGCAGAGCAUUAUGUAUCAAGUCGCUCACGAUGUAUACAUGUUGGGAUAUGCAAGUAGACUGGAGUUAUUGAUUUAUGUUGGUUUUUAUUUAAUAUGAAAUGGCACUAAUAUGUGGAACAAGUGCCGAAAUAUUGGAUGUACUGCUGUCAAGGUCUGCUGCUGCUGCUUUAAUACAAUAUAGAGGACGCUCUCGCUUAAAAAUGGUCUGGAGGGGAAAAAAAACCCGGACUAUUACUGCAUUGCGAUGCGGUCUGUAUCUGUAUAGGUGUUGUGUUGGCCAGUGCUGGUCUGAUUGUACUCAAUACUGUUUUGAGUUGAUGAUGUUCUUAUAAUGUUUGAACGCAGUGUUCAUGGUGACACAGAAACCUUCUUCCAUUGUAUGUAAUAAUGACGUAAGCUUUGAAGUGUUAUGUAUGGACGCUAUGAAGACACAGCGUCUGUUGUUAUAACCCUACCAACGCCAAGUGAUCAGGUCAUUUAGAUACUGUGACUGACCGGUGGUUUAUAUUCCAGCCAGUGGUCAAAUGCUGCAUGGCCACUGUGCUUGACCAUCAUGAUGUCCAGUUAUUGUCUGACCAUUGGCAAGCUUAGCAUCAUAUAGCUAUUGUAGGGUCCGAAUGUUGUCUACAUUGAGCACGUUAUGUUAUCAAUAAAAUAUGUAUGGAAACUCCUUUGUGGAUGAUGCAAAUGUAAAAA